CCAUGCAACAACUACUAGAAGAUAGACUAAUUUUGGAUGAGACAUUGUUUUUCAGAAUGGCGAUGCCGAUCGUCAUUGUUUUCUUGAUGCUCCUUCCAGUUCCGAGUCAAUCCAUGACUCAUGUAUUCUGUUAUCCCAGGGAUCCCUGUUUUCCGAGUGCCAGCGUCAUCAACGCUUUCACGAUCUCACUGCCAAAUGCAACAGUGAUUUUCCCCACAGAGAAUGAGACCUACAUUAAUGUGACAAAGAUGCGAAACCUGGUUAGGACCAGUUAUCCCUUCGUCGUUGUCAUGGCGAAGACACGUGGAGAUGUCAAGGACACUAUAGCUUUUGCCAGGCAAUAUAAUCUUCAUCUGACUGUUCUUGGUACUGGUCAUGACUACAAUGGUCGCUCCACAGGAAAUGACACGCUACAGUUAAACCUGAGGUUGAUGAAGGAUAAAGUGGUGGAUCUUACUUCUUGGAGACAUAAGAACGGAACGAUAUCGGUGGGACCCGGAAACACGUGGAUGGAAGUCUACAGGGAGGUUGACAAGCACAGGAGAGUCAUCGUUGGCAGUAGCACCCAGACUGUAGGGAUGGGUGGAUACACUCUCGGAGGGGGACUGAGCCCAAUCUGCCGUUUCUAUGGAAUGGCCAUUGACAACUUACUGGAGGUGGAAAUAAUCAUGGCGGAUGGUAGAAUCAUCACAGCAACAAAGGACUUCGUCCACACUAUCUACACCAAUGGAAGCACCUCUAACGUCACCGACACGGAUUUUUUCUGGGCUGUGGCUGGCGGUGGAGGGGGCACAUUUGGUGUGUCCACCAGACUUGUAUUUAAAUUACACACCCCACCAGAGAAAGUCAUCAGACUCACAAUGAUUUAUCCCAUGUAUACAGUAUGGACUGAAGAUGUGUUCGCUCAAGUAUACACAAAAGUAACGGAACUGUUCACCGAUGAUUUACCUCACGAGUGGGGUGGUUAUCUCAUCUUCGAUGGAAAGACUGAUGAGUACGGAUCUAGGGGACACGUGACGUUUGUUUUAAAUCACCUGGGAUCAAACACCACAGCCUCCUACAGGUACCUGGAAAGUCUCAUUGACUUCCUGCCGACAAAGAGAUAUUUCGAAAUCAAAGAGUACCCAACUUUCUUGGAGUACGAGAAAGAGAUGACUGAAGAAUUCCCAUAUUACCUUAUCUUUAUUUUUAACUCUCUAAUCCCUACAAGCAGCCUCACCACUGAGUUUAGAGAUUACGUGAGGCAGUCGGUAUUAGAUAAACCCACAACGUAUUCAGAGACGGGCUACACGGCUACACUGAUUGGAGGGAAGAUGCGCAAAGUCGGAACAGAGGCCACGUCAGUUCAUCCUGGUUUCCGAGACGCUUUCCUGGCGAUGACUGGGUACUUGGGAUUCGGAUUAGCUGGAAUCUAUGAAAUUCUGGGAAUUUGUUACAAGAGUGUUGAAAGAAACAGAGAAUUCGCAAAAUUUGGAAACGGGAUGUAUCCCAAUGAGGCUGGACAGUCCACUCCCGACUGGCAGAAAAAGUUCUGGGGAUCGAACUAUGACCGACUUUAUAAGACCAAACUCCGGGAAGACCCUGAUGUCUUCUUCACGUGUGAUCAGUGCGUAGGUUCGGAACUGAGACAAUUUAGUUCUGCAAAAUCGCUGAUGAUAAACAAUGUUUUUCUCUGUUUGUCAAUACUUCUAUCGUGUACAAUAGGACAGAACUGAUUAGGAAGAAUAACAUUGAUACAACGUUGAGAGUGAUUUUCAGCGUGGUCCAGACUGAGAAUUAACGCAUCAUUGAAAUUGCUGAUGGCCUUUGAAGUGCAUGUGUCUAUCUAGGUCUGUUUAAAGGCUCCAUAUAAGGAAAUAAUGGAAAUAUGUAUUACACACUGAAUGUUGGAGUACCACCACAAGAGAAUGGUGGUUCAGGAGGGGGGGGGGGGGGGGGGGGGGGGGGGGCACUAUUAUUCACUGUUAUUCAUGUUACAUGUAUGUGUUCUUAUUGAAUAUUUAGUUUGUUCGCUUUAUUAUUCCCUGUUAUACAUGUAUCAUGUGUUCUUAUUGAAUAUUUAGUGUGUUCGCUUUAGUAUUCCCUGUUAGUCAUGUAUGUGUUCUUAUUGAAUAUUUAGUGCGUUCGUUUUAUUAUUCAGCAUGCAGUAAAACUUGAUCACGAAUACAUCGAAUUUACAGAUUCAACAAAGUUUAUUCUGAAUCACAGAGGAUCGAUUAUAAGGAAUUUGAAUAUAUAUAUUGAAUUUGCUUUUAUGAUGAACUUAUUUCUACCCCCCUUAAAAUAAAAACAAUGCAUUUGU